GAAGCCUGUUUGGGGUCACAUGGGAAACACUCUUCCUUUCAACCUCAGCUUCCACACUGGAAAGACUAGAGAAAAUUUUGGAAAUUCAAUCUUAAAAAAAUCUAAGCAAUCUAAAUAUUUUGGUUUAUUUUAAAUAAGUUUAAUUAAAAACAACAAUGCCUGGAAGAGGUAGAGGGACAAAAAGGAAGACUGCAAGGGAGGAGGAACCAGAAAGAUUGAGUUUGCUGGAAGACAGCAACCCUGCAUCAAAUAACAUAUGGGUUGUUGGAGACUCGCUAGUCCGUUGGGCUGGGGCAAGAUAUUCUGUGAGGUCAAGAAAUGCUCUGGGAGACGAUAUCGUUGACUGGGAUGGACACAGUGGUCUCAAGGUGGAAGACUUGCACUCUAAAAUGCAGUUAGGUGUUCUGAAAGGCAAAUCACCCAAGAUGAUAUUUCUGCAUAUUGGAGGGAAUAAUAUUGUAAAUACAAAUGUGUGUAAAAUCAUUCGGCAACUGAAAUGUGAAAUAAGGUGUAUUUUUGAAAACUUUCAAAGCGCGAUAAUUGUAUGGGUUUUUAUUCUGCCGAGAUUGUCUUGGUUGUGGCAGGGUAAGGGUUCAGAUUUGGCCUGUAUGAAUAGAAAAAGACAAAGAGUAAACAGGUCUAUCUCGCAGUUUAUGUUGACCCAGCCCAAUGGUAGAUCUUUACAUAUCAAGUCUAUUGACAAGGGCACACCUGGUUUUUUCCGUGCAGACAAUUAGCACUUGUCUGACAUUGGUAAUGAAAUGUUUAUUUUGGCUGUGUCAGAAGCCGUUUCCUUAUUUUUAAAUAAUGAGUCAGAUACAUCUCAGAAGUAUUUAGAAGUCUAGCCUAAAAUUUUGGGGGACAAAGUGCAAACACUUUGUUGUGGCGGAAAAUUUGUAGGCCGCUGACAAUCGAAUGGUGCAACUCUACUUUUUAGAAAUAAUUUAAAGAAUUAAUAUGUUUUAAAUAUUAAACUAAGGUAUGGAUUUACUCUCUUCAGAAUAUGGCUGACAUUAUUGUUCAGAAAACCAAUUUUGGAGGGACAAUAUCCUAUAAUUUCUUUUAUUUUUAAUUAGCAUGCUUUAAGUCUGCUCGGAACAGGUGGGCUUAUUGCGGAGAUAUAUAAUAGUUUCUUUAGUAUUUAUCAAUUUAAGUAGCAUAUUUUUAAUUUUUAAUAUUAUGGAAAUGGAAUAUCAUGGAAUGGAAAAUAUCUGAUAUUAGGAAAAUGGAUUUUGGAUAUCAUGGAAAUGGAUUUUUGGAUAUCAUGGAAACGGAAUUUUUAUUAUCUAUUACUGGAAUAUUUGGACUGAAACUGAAAGUCAUAAUAAAUACCAUAUUUUUAAAUUUUUAAAGGUGUCACCAUUCGAUUGUCAGCGUAGCGUAUCAAAUUCCAUAUGGCACAUGUUGAUUACCAGUGGAAUUAAUAUUUGGUUUAUCAGUGCGGUCAAAUAAUGCCAUUCCUAUAAAUGUUUAAUUUUGACUUGAUAUGGAUUAUAGAGUACAAGAUAUAAUGGAUUAAUAAAAUGCAUCAAAAGUUAAGGUUUUUUGUUUCAAUUGUUUUGUAUUAAUUCAGUCUUAAAAUAAUGUGUCUUAUUGUUUAAAUCAAUAAGGCCUUAUUAUUUUAGCAGAAUACUGGAUAUAACUGUAUAAGGGAUGUAACUGCUACAAGAUGUUUUCAUACUUUAAUUUUGAGUUAUUUCCCUUUGAUAAUUUUCUGGAAAUAGAUGGAAGGUUAAAGGUCACUUCCUGUUUAGGGUCACAUGGGAAACACUCUUCCUUUCAACCUCAGCUUCCACACUGGAAAGACUAGAGAAAAUUUUCAAAUUCACCCACCCACCUCACCCAAAAUUAAGGCAUGCGUGUACAAUAAACAUUGAUAGAAUUGAACCAGGCU